CACACAUACCUCGGAGUAGAGAUCGCAAAAGAUUGCUCGUGGAAUGCACACAUGUCCAAGGUAGCGGAAAAGGGCAAAGCACGAGCAGGGAAGCUGCACCCAAUACUCGCAAACCGGCACCUUGAUACACGCAUCAAAUUGACGGUUUUGAAGAGCGUAAUCGUACCGCCGCUGGAGUACGCCGGAGAAGUAUGGGAAGGAAAUAAGAAGAGUAGUGAAAGAACUCGAGGCGGCGCAGAUGAAAGCAGCGAAAAUCAUCCUAGGAUAGCUCCAAGCGCACAAGUAAUGCAGCAGUCAGGGCAGAAUUGGGGAUCCAAUCCCUACGGUCGGGAAGAGACGUAAGGAAGCUGACAUGGCAGUACCGCAUGUGCGGGAUGGGAGAGGAGAGGUUGCCGAGAAUAGUAUGGGAGGCGAAGUGGGCAAACAAAAAGAGGGGUAGACAACCCACGGAAUGGGUCAAGGUUGUAGAGAACGUAUGGAAGGGAUUGGACAUCGACGAAGAUGAAACGCUGGAAACGGAGGGUCUACAGGGGUUCAAGAAGAAGAUAUCUGUUGCUUGUGCCGACAGAGAAGAACAGAAUCUAAGGAAAGAACCCAAGGAUAAGGAGGGUCUAGAAGUGUACGGAAUGUUGAAAGAAGGAAUAGGGUUCAAGGAUUACCUACAUGGACCAAUGGAUGCAGGGACAAAGCUUAAGGUCAAAUUCAGGACCGGGGACAUAGGCCUUCGCGAACGUCGACGAAGACAUAGGACGGUAGACGACGAAGACGACAAGUUCAAAUGCGAUUGCGGCUUCGAAUGCGAAGACAGUGUUCAUGUAGUCGCGGAAUGUCCGUGGUACGAAAAGGAGAGGGAAGUGUACAUGGCUGAGCUGGGAAGAAUACAAGGGACGUACAGGGAGAUGUUUGAGGUGCUGGCUUUGGUUGGCCCGUCGGGAGGCGGCAAGAGCUCGUGUAUCUCGCUCUUGGAGAACCUCUACCAGCCUUCACGGGGACAGGUGCUGCUGGAUGGGCUCCCGGUGCACGAGUACGACCACGGCUGGCUCCACAGAAACAUCUCCAUCGUGGGCCAGGAGCCGACCCUGUACGCUAGGAGCAUUCGGGAGAACAUCAUCUACGGCUUGGAAGGGGAAGAGCCCUCCAUGGCCGACGUGGAGGAGGCCGCGCGUCUGGCCAACGCCCACACGUUCAUCUCGCAGUUGCCGGAGAAGUACGAGACGCAGGCGGGAGAGCGGGGGGUUCAAAUAUCUGGGGGGCAGAAGCAGAGGAUAGCGAUCGCGCGGGCGUUGGUGCGAAAGCCGAAGGUGCUCCUGCUCGAUGAAGCCACCAGUGCGUUGGACGCCGAGAGCGAGCACCUGGUGCAGCACGCCAUCGACAACAUGAUCUCGAGGGGAGGCAUGACGGUCAUCCUCAUCGCGCAUCGCCUUAGCACCGUCAAGCGGGCCGACAAGAUCGUGGUCAUCCGCAGUGGCCAGGUAGUGGAGGAGGGCACCCACGAGGAGCUGCUUGACGCCAAGCACGGCGUGUACGCCGGGCUGGUGAAAAGACAGCUCGACCUCGGGGAGAGCGGAGGAGGAGGCGGAAGAAGAGGGGGCAAGGAGAACCACAGGCUCGGCGUUACCACGACCACCAUGGGGCUCUCCAAGACAACAUGA